AUGGAAAACCGAGUGUUGAGCAUGUGCGAAAAGAUUAAGACGCGUAAGUACACGCACCUGAAGCCAUUGAGUGUCAACACGCUGAAGAACAACAUGUUUGAGCUAGAGACAGUCAUGCAGGCUUCUAUCAAGACCCAACUCGAAAGAAAGAAGAUGGGCUUUGCAGUCGAUGCUUGGAAGAAAGAUGGUACUCAUUUUGUCGCCAUUAUCGCCAUCACCUCCACCGACAAAUUCCUGCUGUGCUUUUCGACAUUGCCGGAUGAAUCUGACAUGAGUGCCGACGCCACUAUUGACCUGUUUGAUUACGUGCUCGAUACGUACGGAAUAGAUGCUGCCACUCAGCUGUGCUUCUACGUGUGCGAUCAUGCUUCAGUGAACGUAGCCAUCGCGAGGAAAACGUCUGUGCCCAUGAUAGGCUGUAGUCUAGCGAUGCAAGCGCUCAUGAGCGACUACACUGACUUGCUUGAAAAGGUGCACAGACUGAUGUCGAAGCUAAACACGAUCAAAACCCGCCACCGACUCCGCGAAGCCGACGCAUUGAUGCCGACUUUCGGUAAUGCAACUUGA